GUCAGGUGGCGGCGCCGCAGCCAUGGAAGGAGGCGGCGGCGGCUGCUCCGGCGGCUGCGCUGGGAGGCGGCGGUAAGCGGCUCCCACGCCCCCGGCCCGGCCCCGGGCCCCCGGGACGGAGCGCCGAGCAGUCCCGGCUCCGGGCUACGGACUAUGGGCGAGCAGCGCUGACCAUCCGGGGAAGAGCUGAGAAUGAAGCGGAGAGCAUCAGACAGAGGAGCUGGGGAAACGUCGGCCAAGGCGAAGGCACUAGGAAGCGGGAUCUCUGGAAAUAAUGCAAAGAGAGCUGGACCAUUCAUCCUUGGUAAGCCGCUNGGCAACUCGCCAGUGCCAAGCAUCGUGCAGUGUCUGGCAAGGAAAGAUGGCACAGAUGACUUCUAUCAGCUGAAGAUCCUGACCCUUGAGGAGAGAGGGGACCAAGGCAUAGAGAGCCAAGAGGAGAGGCAAGGCAAGAUGCUGCUGCACACCGAGUACUCGCUGCUCUCCCUCCUCCACACGCAGGACGGUGUGGUGCACCACCACGGGCUCUUCCAGGACCGCACCUGUGAAGUCGUCGAGGACACAGAAUCUAGUCGAAUGGUCAAGAAGAUGAAGAAGCGCAUCUGCCUGGUCUUGGACUGCCUCUGUGCACAUGACUUCAGUGACAAGACCGCUGACCUCAUCAACCUGCAGCACUAUGUCAUCAAGGAGAAAAGGCUCAGUGAACGGGAGACCGUGGUCAUCUUCUAUGACGUUGUGCGAGUGGUGGAGGCCCUGCACCAGAAAAACAUUGUGCACAGAGACCUGAAGCUUGGGAACAUGGUGCUCAAUAAAAGGACGCAUCGGAUAACCAUCACUAAUUUCUGCCUCGGCAAGCAUCUGGUGAGCGAGGGGGACCUGCUGAAGGACCAGAGGGGAAGCCCUGCCUACAUCAGUCCCGACGUGCUCAGCGGCCGGCCUUACCGUGGCAAGCCCAGCGACAUGUGGGCCCUGGGCGUGGUGCUCUUCACCAUGCUGUAUGGCCAGUUCCCCUUCUACGACAGCAUCCCGCAGGAGCUCUUCCGCAAGAUCAAGGCUGCCGAGUACACCAUCCCAGAGGACGGGCGGGUUUCUGAGAACACCGUGUGUCUCAUUCGAAAACUACUGGUCCUCGACCCCCAGCAGCGCCUGGCUGCUGCUGCUGUCCUGGAAACCCUCAGUGCCAUCAUUGCAUCAUGGCAGUCUCUGUCAUCUCUGAGCGGGCCUUUACAAGUGGUUCCUGACAUUGAUGACCAAGUGAGCAAUGCUGACAGCUCCCAGGAGGCGAAGGUGACAGAGGAGUGCUCCCAAUACGAGUUUGAGAACUACAUGCGCCAGCAGCUGCUGCUGGCUGAAGAGAAGAGCUCCAUCCACGAGGCCCGGAGCUGGGUGCCCAAGCGGCAAUUUGGCAGCGUGCCGCCGGUGCGACGGCUGGGCCAUGACGCACAGCCCAUGACCUCCUUGGACACAGCCAUCCUGGCACAGCGCUACCUGCGGAAAUAGCAGCCUGAACCAGAGGCACCAGCACCACCCGCACCUCUUCCAGCCCCAGGCCCAAGACCUGGCUAUCAGGGCUGGGCCCUGUAGUGUUGGACUCUCCCGGCUGCAGUGGGACAAGACAGGGACGGGGACAGCCCAGGUCACACGUAGGGUCAGCAGAGGUACCACAAAGCUACCUUUUGGGAUGAUUGCUUGAUUGUUUGGUUUUUAAAUCUGAGAAGCCUAGAUAACUAAUCUGCUUUUAAUCAUGACGUUUUAAUCUA